AUGUGGAACAGGCUGGACUCUGGUCUACAGGAUGUGGAACAGGUUGGACUCGGGUCUACAGGAGGUGGAACAGGCUGGACUCUGGUCUACAGGAGGUGGUACAGGCUGGACUCGGGUCUACAGGAGGUGGAACAGGCUGGACUCGGGUCUACAGGACGUGGAACAGGCUGGACUCGGGUCUACAGGAUGUGGAACAGGCUGGACUCUGGUCUACAGGAUGUGGAACAGGCUGGACUCGGAUCUACAGGAGGUGGAACAGGCUGGACUCGGGUCUACAGGAGGUGGAACAGGCUGGACUCGGGUCUACAGAAUGUGGAACAGGCUGGACUCGGGUCUACAGGAGGUGGAACAGGCUGGACUCUGGUCUACAGGAGGUGGAACAGGUUGAACUCUGGUCUACAGGAUGUGGAACAGGCUGGACUCGGGUCUACAGGAGGUGGAACAGGCUGGACUUGGGUCUACAGGAGGUGGAACAGGCUGGACUUGGGUCUACAGGAGGUGGAACAGGCUGGACUUGGGUCUACAGGAGGUGGAACAGGCUGGACUAGGGUCUACAGGACGUGGAACAGGCUGCACUAG